CUGGCAUACAUAAGAGCACAGCUAGCAGCAUGAGCAGCACAGAGGAGCACCUCCUGAGAGCCAGGGACCUACCACUAUCGCCUCCGCUCACCCAUUCAACAUGACCCUGAACCGUAGCGACAGGAUCAAGAGUCUGGAGAAGAGGCGAGGGAGCAUGCCAUUCGCUGUGCACCAGCAGCUCCACCGGAGGAGCAUGCCGGUAGACGAUAAGGAGUUACAUGGGAGUACUAAAGCCAGCGAGCUGGCCAAGCUGAUGCGCUGCCCCUCCUAUAACCCAACUGACGAGCCCCAAGAAAGCUGGAACUCCGACUCCUCAGACUCUGUCAUCUCCUCUGGAAGCGACUCUGAAGAUCAGCUCUUUAAAGUCAUUCUGCUUGGGGAACACGGGGUUGGCAAGUCCAGCUUGGCAAGGAUUUUUGGUGGAGUGGAGGAUCUACAAGAUGUAGAGGAGGCAGGAAAUACAUAUGACAGAUCGAUUGUGGUGGACGGAGAGGAAGCCAGUCUGUUAGUCUUCGAUAUUUGGGAGCAGGAUGACAACCACUGGCUGCACAAUCAGUGCAUGAAAAUGGGAGACGCUUAUGUCAUCGUGUACUCAGUGACAGACAAAGCCAGCUUCGAGAAAGCGUCUGAGCUCCGGAUCCAGCUGCGCAGAGCUCGCCAGUCCGAGGAUAUCCCCAUCAUCCUAGUGGGAAAUAAGAGCGAUCUGGUGCGGUCACGGGAGGUGUCUGUGGAAGAGGGUCGCGCCUGUGCUGUGGUAUUCGAUUGCAAGUUCAUCGAGACCUCGGCUUCCCUCCACCACAAUGUCAAAGACCUUUUCGAGGGCAUUGUGCGUCAGAUCAGGCUCCGCAAAGACAGCAAAGAGGACAACGCCAGGAGAAUGGCCAGCAGCAAGAGGAGGGAGAGCAUAGGCAAGAAAGCCAAGAGAUUCCUGGGGAGGAUUGUAGCCAAAAAUAACAAAAAGAUGGCCUUCAAACAGAAAUCCAAAUCCUGCCACGACUUAUCCGUCCUCUGAAGAGGCCGCUGGAUGCCUGGAGGAAAUACUUGACUUUCUUUGGAAUGGAGAUGUAGAAAGUGAUAGAUUAAAACCAAUCUAGAACUCAGAUUUUCAUUUCUAAUUUCUGCCUUAAUAAACGGCUCUGGAACGUGGCAUCUGGACACUGGGACGUGUUGUGCAAGGACUUAUCGGCAGUCAGCGACUUUGUGCCUCCUCGUCACGUGCUCCUUGUCCGAUCGGAACCAGUUGGUUUGGAGUUAGAGAUAAAAAAUACUUUUGUGUUAAAACUUGAAUUUCUGUACGCGGGCUCGUACACCCCACUCCUAUUUUUACCUUGCAGGUUCAUGUGAUCACAUUGGCGCAGAGACCUCGGCAGUGAUGGCGCCUAGGCUGCAGCUUUUUUUGGACUGUAUUGCACUUCGAUGAAUUGUUAUCAAUUUGAAUGUAUUAUUUGUUUACAUGAAAUAUUUUCUAAUAAACUAUUUCCUGC